AUGGACGUGUCUCCGGAUCAACUCGAUGCCGCCACUCGUGCCGAAGUAGCCAGGACCAGCCGCACCAUCGAUCAAGCUCAAAGUGAGGAAGAUGAUGGGCCAACAGAGGCAAGCCAACCAAGCGAGCUGACAGAGAAAUCACGCCCAAACGAUGAAUGGAUUGUGGAUUCGAUCAGACAGGAUUAUUACCGGGUUUUCGUGUGGCUCUUCUCCGUUUUGUUAUUGGAA